AUGAACAACGACAGCGGGCGGGACUGCGAUUUGAACACGAACGCAAGCGACUUCGGUCCCGCGCGUGGGAGCGACAUGCUGAACGUGCGGCAGUCAGGCAGCCACAGAAGCAACAGCAGCCGGUACCGCCUCAGCGCCUCGCUCAGCAAACCACGCCAAACAAGCGGCGGCUUCGAGUGUACGCGAUGCGCAAGGCAGUGCACGGCGCCGAACCAGGCACAUGGCGUCAUUGCCAUCACCCCCAUCACCUUCCCCUCAAGCGAUGAAGAGGACGAGAACGCAACGAUUGCUUGA